AGCAAAUAGUGUGAAAGUUUUCAGUAAAAUCGAUAAACUCACCUUUUCUUUCUUCAAAACAUUAAUAAUUAGUGUGUUUAUUGCUUACAAGAGACCCUAGUAACGAUCGAACAGCCGCUGUGAACGAAAUCCGUCCUUCCUAAAUAGUGCUUACGUGUGUACAAAAUAUCGGUACCAAAUCGUGAACCCAUUGUUGUGUUCAGUUAUGUUAGUGUGAUUAGAAUAAAGAAUAAAGUUAAUCGGCUUAGUUAUGAAUAAAAAGCCCGCCCGUACUGGUCCGAAAAUAAGAAUAACUCGAGCGGCCUUACGACUGAAAAAAAGCGACGAUCCUCCGCUCUUCCAGCCGAGGGCGGUAGACGAGCAUAAAUACAUCUACACCUGCCAAUAUUGCAGAUUAAAAUUUACUCAGAAUAGUCAGUUCUUCCGCCACAUGACGUCGAAUCACGAGACUCAGCAGAAACAGGCGACUUUCGAGUGCAAUAACUGUCAAGUCGUGUUUUCUAAGAAAGCUAACUUGGACUUGCACUGUCAGACGCAUCAUCAGGUGAAGAGUAAGUCUAGAUGUGAGUCAUGCUCUAUAACAUUCAAGUCCAGGCAUUGUCUGCGAAGACAUUUGAAGCUGAAGCAGCUUAUGAUGGAGAACGCUUGUUUGAACUGUCAUAAAAAGUUUACAAAUAAAGACCGGUUAGCGAAGCAUGUUAAGAACAAGCAUACGUUUAAAAACGUGACGCACCAGUGUGAUAUCUGCUCGGUCAAGUUUAAGGAGAAGGAAUCGCUGUUGAACCAUCUGAACCGCAUCCACAAGAAGUUAUGAUUCAGGAAAUAUGUUAUAGUUUCUUAAUUACUUGUUUUCUUUAUUUCGGUUCAUUGUGUAAGUUUUCUGAGCUUAUAAACUUUUCUAUCUGAGGAGUACUUACAAAUACAUGUCAGAUGUAAACACAUACCCCCUUAUUCAUACUAAAACCCGUUACAAACCUGAAUUAGCUACUAAUCAUUUGUCCUUAUCUGUCAUUUUGAAUUAUGUAUUUUUAAGAGAGGGAUAUAACAUAAUUUAACUAAAUCAGGCCCUUAAACUUUUAUGAACAAGGGGGUAAAAAUUUAGGUCAAUCAACUUUUUUUUUUCGGUCCUGCUAUCCGUUUGCAACCGAGAUACUAAGAUUUGUAAACUAAAUAAUGAAAUCUAGGGACAUGUUAAAAUUGGGAUUUAACUGUGAUCAAUUCACAUGAUCAUAUCAGACCGGGGCUUUAAAGGGCUAUGUAAAACUCACUGUAAAAUGGUUUCUUAAAAUUAUGAUUUUAGGUUACUAAGAUGCUUAGGCCAUCAAUGACAGGUCUCCAAACAUUUUGGCCCAGGUGCAGCAACCGGGCCCUUUUCUCAAAAGCUUGUAACUUGUAAUACAAGCGGAUGUCACUUUUUGACAGCUCUUGUUAGAAAGGGACUUCCACUUGUAUUACAAGUUACGAGCUUUUGAGAAACAGGCCCCAGACCUUUGGUUAUCCUGCUCACUUUGUGGGCCAAAGUAACGGCACAUAGUUUACAGAACUCUGUUCCAAAACAUCCUAAAAGAUGUCCUAUAAGAAUAAGUUGAUUGAUCCUUACAAAGGUUUAUUAAAAGAACUAUUGUCAUCACACAUCAUGGCUCCUGUAUGCGGUAGAAUGAGAUAGCAAUGUCACUUGCUCCCUCUAACGCAUAAAUGCGUCCCUUGGAGUAGCCAGCGUUGGCCCAUCGUGUUGAGGAGCCAUCAGCUUUCUGAUUUGAAACCUACUUGUUUCCAAUAAUGUUAAACCAGCCAACUAUAGUCAAAAGCUCCCAACUAUGGCCCAAAUUAACUCAAAUAUUACUGCCCAGGAGUGACAAUUAUUUAAAUGUAGUUCUAAAGCAAUAUAGAAAGCAAUAUAAAAACAGACAAAACCAAAAAGGUGAUACUAUGGACUAUAGUUAGGGCCACCCCACAUGGCGUCUUUCGAGCGUCGGCGUCUACAAUUCUAUGGCCGAUGCUCGACGCAACGUCAACGCAACUGCGCAGCGACGUCAGUUUUCAUAGCGCUGAGUGGCGCUGACCAGACGCCGACGCUCGAGGGACGCUACAUGUGGGGUGGCCCUUAGGUGAUGUAAUAUCACAGUAAAUUUAUUUACAUACUUUUUUACUUCUAAUAUUCUUCUAUAAGCUAUACUAAAAACAUUGCUCUUAUUAAUUCACACUUUAAUUUCUUGCUUAAAAUAAAUUUAAUAAUAUCUUUGUAUUCCACCUUUUCAUAUAGUUCGUUUUUUUUAGCAUUAGAAAGAACUCCACAGAAGUAAGUGUGCAGUUUUUAUCAGGCUCUUUAAUUGUUAAUAAUUAUUGAAUUAUCUAAUGAAGCAUGGUCAAUACAUAUAAUUUACUUCAAAUUAUUACCGCUAAUAGUGCCGGAUUUGGAACCACAAGCUAAGCUAAGCUACGAAGUUCUUUCUAAUUCUAAAAAAAAACGGACUGUAAAAUGUUACAUCUCCAUUAUUUCCUUAAUAUUUUUGUAACUAAAAUUGUUUUCUUGUAAUUAUCACUAGUUUAGCAUAAUGUAAAUAGCUAAGCAAGAUUAUAUUUAGAUUUAAGCCUGGAUAAGUAACCAUGUUGUAUAAUCCAGUCCCAAAUAUAUUUUAAAUAACCGUACUGCCCUCCUAAGCACCACUUGCAACAUUCCACCAUGGGGUUAACCGCUUAAACCUGGUGUUGCUAUGGUUACCAGUACAAUUUGACACUGGAUUAACAGUUUAACCCUUAACCCCUGGAUAGUGGAAUGGUGCAAGUCAGCUUAAGCCGGAGAGCGCUAUGUAAAAAAAAAUGGUUUAUGAUGAAAAUGGAAUUCUCAGUUAAUAGAAACUAAAGUAUAAGUUAGCAAUGAAUUUUCUUUUGAGAUCACGCUAUUUGGCUUAGUAGGGCAGCCUAGCUAGCCUUGCUUGAUUUAGCAGUUUUGGACAUAGGGUAAAUUGUCAAUUACCUACUGGCCACUGUUUACAGAAUUCAUUUUUAGUAUAAAAUAAAGUGUCAAUAACUGGGUGCCCGGUUAUACUCCAAUAACUAACCUUAUACUAAAACGAAUUCCAUUUAUAGGUGAAUAGAAUUCAUUAUUAGUGUAAGGCAAUAAUUGAUGAUAUACCCUAUUGUGUUUUUAUAUCCAGAUACUUAAAUAAUUACUAUUUUUGUCGUAGCCUUAGUUCAACGUUCAACACAGUAGCUCUUGUAUUAUGUGGUUAUCUCAAUGAUGCGGAUCCGCACGCUGCUCUGUUGUGUGAGUGAGACUGCGCUAUGCACGUUUAUAGCCAUAUAAGGGUUGGGCAGUAUUUCAAUUACAUGUAUUUGAAAUACGUAUUUGAAAUACAUUUUAGUAUUUUGUAUUUGUAUUUCAAAUACUAUCUGGAAAAGUAUUUUGUAUUUGGUAUUUCAAAUACUGCACUCACAUGUAUUUUGUAUUUUGUAUUUCAAAUACUUCAAGCAUCAAAAUACAUUUCUACAAAAUACAUUUUAUUAAAUUCUAAUAUGAUCCUAAAAUUGAACUCUUUUUUAAACAUAAUGUACGACUUGUACGAGGGCAAAUAGGUACAAUGCGCGAGCUAUUCUGCGCAGAACUUUUCGUCAACAGCCAGGGAAUAGGGUCAUUGCAGUAGUUUCCGUCCAUGCUCUAGUUUUCGACCACUUGACAGAUUAGCAAAUAAUAUAUUUCAUUUUUAAUUUACUAUUUGCGAAAUAUAUUUUUUAAAUGUGGACACUGUGGACAGAUAUAUUGUUUAGCUAAGGAUUGAAAUCAGUCCAAAUUUGUGCAGCAAUGUAGAUUUAUGGUCAAGUCGACGAAAACUAGAGCUGGACAAAAACAAGCGCAAUGACCCUAUGUUUUUAGGAAAGGAUAUCAGUCAAAAGACUAAAUGAUCAAAACAAAAAAAAUAAAAGUAUUUUGUAUUUUGUAUUUGAAAUACAUUAUUUUAAACACUGCAAUUUGUAUUUUGUAUUUCAAAUACCAGUCACCAAAGUAGUUUGUAUUUGGUAUUUCAAAUACUUUUAAAAAUGUAUUUUGUAAUUUGUAUUUGAAAUACGUGGAAGCCAGUAUUUUGCCCAACCCUGCAUAUAUGUCCCGCUCAAACAUCCGAGCGUCGUGUGGAUCCACAUCCAACGUGAAGAUCAACAGCUUUUCUUUUUUUUUUGAUAAAUGAAAAUCGGUAUCGUCUUGGGUCGUCCCAUUCGUUUUUCAUCAAGUUCUUAAAUUAGUCCUAUUCUGCUUUCACACUCAUUCUACAUUCGUCACAAUCGUCGGUGGCUUUCAAUGUAGAAUGAGUGACGAAAGCAGAAUAGGACUAAUUUAAGAACUUGACGAAAAACGAAUGGGACGACCCAAGACGAUACCGGAAAAUCUCACCACACUUUCUCUGUUGUAACAAGAAUGUUUGAUUGAUUUUGUAUGUAAAAAAAGAACAGGAAUAUGUCAAAACCAUUAAGCCCCCAUUCGCACGGCAGCUUUUUCAAUGCGCGUUAAAAAAGCGUUUGAAUGACACAAAUGGAUAACCAUAUAUAUGUAUUCACACGACAGCGGUGGCGCUUACUUUCAAGCGUUGUUGGAUUUUCGAUUUUAAGCCUUGGUCGUUAAAUCGAAUUUAGAGUGCGAACAGAUUUAAGCGCUCUUUUAACGCGCGUAGAAAAAGCUGUCGUGCGAAUGGGGCCUCAGAAAGUCCCAUUUUCUAUGAGAUUACUAUAGAUGGUCAAGCAAAUCUUGUCAGUAGAAAAAGGCGCGAAAUUCAAAUUUUCUAUGAGACGAUAUCCCUUCGCGCCUACAUUUUUCAAAUUUGCCGCCUUUUUCUACUGACAAGAUCUGCUUGACCAAGUAUAUAUAGUAUAUAAAUAGCUUAAGUUCAGUACUUAUGACGUUUGGCGGUAAUAUUGGAGAAGGUAUUUAUUUUUAUCUCGAAUAAUAUAGUUUAAGUAUUAAAAGCUUUCUAUAAAGAAGUAAAAAUAUUGUUGUAUUUUUCAUCCCCAAAGGGGAUAUGCUGUGUUUAUCAUUUCGUUUUGUAAUUAUCCAUGAAAUAUUCUUAAAGAAAAAUCGCAAACCAGAAUAGUUGGACCAAGCUAACUCUGCAAGGACUGCAAGGCAUUUGCAAUAACGAAAUGUGAUGCCAUAUUUCUCUGACAAUAUGAGGUUUAUAACGACUCUUUCUGUUCAAAUCGAUGCGAAGAUAGCUUAGACGGACUGUAUUUAUAAAAUACUUCUAAAUUUAAAGAGCUUAGUAAAAGGUACAUUUUUUUAAUCUAAAAACACUCAUAAAUUUUUUUCGAUUUCUUGGCAAUUUUGGUGUUGUAUUUAUGAUUUUGCGGGUCGAACAAAACUUGGCAACACAACAUAGGGUACAGCCGCCAUCAGUGGCCUAUUUUAUAAAGCUACAAGUUACAAUUUACAAGCGGAAGUCACGUUCUAACACAUUGGGUUAGAAAGAGACUUCCGCUUGUAAAUUGUAACUUGUAGCUUUAUAAAAUGGGCCACAGAGGGCUUAAAUUUUACCACUAAAACCGAAAUUCGAAAAUUGCGGGGAUCUUUCUCUUUUACUCCAAUAAAGUGGUAACUAGAGUGACAGAGAAAGAUGCCCGCAAUUUGGGUAUUCGAUUUUGGCUAUAGCCCAGAUAUAUCGGUGGCGGUCAAGGUGUUCACUUAUCAAUGUAUAUUUUUAUAAGUAGUGAGAAAUGUAUAAAGAAAUAAAAACUUGAUUAACA